ACGUAAAAUGGUUCUUCGAAUUAUUCUUCGACGACAACCGCCAGCUUACAUAGAUUCAUUUCUUAACAAGGCCUGACUCUGAUGAACGACUCUAUCAUGCAUGCAAUGGCUGGAGCCGGUGGUGGUGUUUUGGCCAUGACGGCUACAUACCCUCUUGUAUUUCUUUCGACGCGCGCAGCCGUGAAAACGCAAAGCGAGAAUAAGUCUGUGUAUCAAGCUGUCAUGGAAGUACUCGAGCGUGAAGGGGUGCUGGGCCUGUACAGUGGGUUAAGUUCAAGCUUACUUGGAAUAGCUGUAACCAACGGAGUAUACUACUACUUCUAUGAACGGUCGAAAGGCAUAUUUUUGACUGGCGGGAAGAAAGGCUUGACCACCAUAGAGUCCAUUCUCACAGGCCUGAUUGCUGGAUCUGCCACGACAAUCAUUAGCAAUCCUCUUUGGGUUGUUCAAACAUCUCAAGCUGUUCAUACGAUGGAUCCGAAUACUCAGACCAAGAAUCUGGGCUUUCUGGAGACAGUACAACAUAUUCUAGCCAAGUUUGGGAUGAAGGGGUUCUUCCGAGGAAUUGGACCUGCUUUAGUCCUUGUUGUCAAUCCGGUCAUCCAAUAUUCCGUAUUUGAGCAACUCAAAAAUAUUUUGGCAUCUCGCCGGAAGCUGCGACGCAGAGGAGGUUUGACCGAUUGGGAUUUCUUUGUGCUUGGUGCAAUAUCAAAACUGGUUGCUACCUCGAUUACCUAUCCAUAUAUCGUUAUCAAAGCUAGGUUACAAGCUGGCGCCACCAAAUACAAAUCUUCUCUGAAUGCGUUGGCGACGAUAUUGAGAGAUGAGGGUAUCGAAGGGUUGUACAAAGGCAUGCGUAGCAAGCUCUUACAAAGUGUACUCACUGCGGCGAUAUUGUUCGCCUUUCAACGAAGGAUCUUUCUUAUUACCAAAGCAGCUCUUACGCUUGCGCCAAAGUAGAUAUUUCGGUAGACUUGCAGAUGGUAAACGCGAUUAUCAUGUCCAUGGAGUUUUCAUGUCUGUAAACUUCAUAGACCUACUAUUGUAAUCUUGUAUGAUACUAGGCUCCACUGUUGUGGACAGUACCUUGCUUGGUUCUUGUCCACUACUUAACUUUCCAGCGCUGAUGACACU